AUGAGACAGACAGACAAGACAGGACAAUAUAAGGAGCUGAUGCUUGCCAAUGCGACAGACUCAGACCGCAACGAAGUUGACGAGGUAGAUACAAGGACAAGGGCAAGCACGAACAACGCCCAGCCCGUUCUUGAAGGAUACGAUCCGAUCAAGGACUAG